AUGACUAAAGAAGUAAGCUGUUUUUUCUGCUCCGGUGCCACAGGUACACUUCAUCAAGCGUCCACUUUUAAUGUAGAUGCCAGGGUGAGAGAGUGUGCACAUCAGUUGCAAGAUGAAGUCCUAAUCGCAAAACUAAGUGCCGGCGAUUUGAUCUCUCAGGAAGCCGUGUAUCAUGCAAAGUGCCUGGUGUUGAUCUAUAACAAGGCAGAGAGAAUAAAUCAGAAUCCUGCAAGCAGUGAUGAGAAGGUAAUCCAGGGUAUGGCUCUAGCACAGCUCGUCGCUUAUCUUGAAGAAACUCGUGCAGAGUCCGCAGAUAGCAUUCCCGUGUUUACGCUAGCAGAACUUACAGCCAUGUACACCGUUUCCUGA